GUGCCAAGCAUGGCAACUCUGGACCUCUUGCUGUCUGUGGCUCUUGGCCAAGUACUGUCUCUCCUUAUCUGUGGCAUUGGCCUGACGAGCAAGUAUUUGUCAGAAGAUUUCCAUGCCAACACACCUGUUUUUCAGAGCUUCCUCAAUUAUAUCCUCCUAUUCUUGGUCUACACAACAACACUAGCUGUCAGACAAGGAGAAGAAAACUUGCUGGCAAUUUUGAAAAGGAGAUGGUGGAAGUACAUGAUCCUGGGGAUAAUAGAUAUAGAAGCCAAUUACCUGGUAGUCAAAGCUUAUCAAUACACCACUCUUACUAGUGUACAGCUCCUAGAUUGUUUUGUUAUCCCGGUGGUGAUAUUGCUAUCCUGGUUCUUCUUGCUGGUACGAUACAAGGCAGUGCAUUUCAUUGGGAUUGUGGUCUGCAUUCUGGGCAUGGGCUGCAUGGCAGGAGCAGAUGUCCUCGUCGGGAGACAGCAAGGAGCAGGUGAAAAUAAACUGAUAGGGGAUCUCUUAGUGCUGGGUGGAGCAACACUGUAUGGCAUCUCGAAUGUUUGUGAGGAGUAUAUCGUCCGAAAUCUGAGUCGAGUGGAAUUCCUGGGCAUGAUCGGACUCUUUGGCUCCUUCUUCAGUGGAAUUCAGCUGUAA